UGAUGAUGGUUAAUCAUUCUCGCGUUAUACUUUUCAUCGAUCGUCCGCAUGCGCUAAUGUAAUAUGUAUUGGUGGAAUGAUAUUAUAAAAUAAAACGUCGUUUGGCGGCUGGCGCAGUAUAUAUCAUUGAAAAAAAAAUCGUUAAAUCAAAAGUUUACACGGCUUUGUUACGCUCAUAGAAGUAUAUCGUAUAUAUUAUUAUUGCGUGCAUUAUAUUUUUCACAACUUAAUUAAUAUACCAAUUUACCAACUUACUAUAUUGUAUACGAACGGGAGUCGACAUUACAAUUUUAUUAAAGCGCCGGUUAGAAGUAUACGAAGAAUAUUGAAUAAUAACUAAUAAGCAUGGAGUAUUUUUUACCGAACCGCUGUACCUCAACGGCGCGACUCGACGGGAAAACGGUCGUCGUGACGGGAUGCAACACAGGAAUCGGAAAAGAAACAGCCACGGAAUUCUACAAGAGAGGUGCUCGGGUAAUAAUGGCAUGUAGAAGCGCGUCCAGGACACAAGACGCGAUAGAAUGCAUAAAAAAUCAGACCGAAGGAGAUGAUAACGUCGGAGAGUUGGUUUUUAAGUAUUUGGAAUUGUCGUUUUUGGCAUCCGUGAGAAAAUGCGCCAAAGAGAUAUUGCACACAGAGAAAAGAAUCGAUAUUCUAGUAAACAAUGCGGGUAUAAUGAUGUGUCCAAAAACGUUGUCGGAGAACGGAAUCGAACUUCACUUGGCCACCAACCAUUUGGGUCAUUUUCUGUUUACACUCUUGCUGCUGCCCAGAAUACUGAAGUCGGCUCCGGCCAGGAUAAUCAACGUGACUUCAUUGGCUCACAAAUGGGGUGAUCAAAAAAUGCAUUUCGAAGACAUAAAUCUAGACAAGGAUUACACGCCCAGCGGGGCAUACGGCCGAUCCAAGUUGGCCAACAUUUUGUUCACCGUGGAACUGGCCAAACGUUUAAAUGGUACCGGAGUGACGGUAUACGCGGUCAAUCCAGGCAUCGUUCACACUGAACUCAGCCGGUAUGUCGAUCAGACCAUCUUCCCUGGCGCGUCGUGGCUGUACAACAGUUUCACCAAAAUUGCCGUCAAGACACCCCAACAGGGCGCACAGACCACGUUACACUGCGCUCUGGACGAGAAAUGUGCCGGCGAAAGCGGUUUAUAUUACAGCGAUUGCAAAAUACUGGAACCAGAACCCGUGGCCAAAGACGAAGAGGUUAGCGCACAGUUGUGGGACACUAGUUGCGUCUUUGUUAAUUUAGAACCUUCAAUAGAUCCUUUCAAACCGGAGAGCGAUGACGUAUCGACUUAAUCCCGUUUUACUCAUCGUGUAAUGUUUUCCACAAAGAUAUUGUAUUCAAGCAUUGAGUUAUUAGGUUUAUUGAUUUUAAAUAUAUUUAUAUCUAUGUAUUAUACUAAAUUAUUUAUAAUAAAUAAUAAUUAUGUACUUAUUCUAACUUCGAAUAAAUUACCAUCGAUGUGUAUUUAUUUCACAUGAAAUAUAAAAUGUAUAUAAUAUGAA